AUGAUUUGUAGACUAGUCGAUAUGCUGGGUAGUAUUACCGGCGGAAUUGCUUCGGCCCUUGUCGGACAACCGUUGGAUACAGUGAAAACGAACAUGCAAUUAUAUCCUAAUUUAUAUAAAAAUAUGUUCUCUUCUCUGUACAUGACUGGCCGACAACAGGGCAUUCGAGGCUUGUAUGUCGGUUGUGUGCCGGCUCUUUUGGCGAACUCUGCUGAAAAUGCAGUCAUGGUCGGUUCGUACAACUAUUGCCAAAAAUUGGCGAAAUACGUCGUCGGGCAGGACAAAAACCAUAAUGUGUGUGCCAGAAGUAUUGAAUCGGUUAGUAUAAGCGUCGUUCGUUGAAUACGUAUAGUUACAAAAGUUAUGUCUUUAAUUUAUAUACCAGAAAAUGUAAAUAAUUGCAAUACGAUAUAAAAUUGUUACUAAGAAAUAAUCGCCUCUAUACAUAUGCGUCGAAAUGCGAAUAAACCUAUAUUCGUUAAUCAAAAAUUAACUACACCCUUUCAGCUAUUGACCUCGCUGGUACUUUGUCCCAUCGAGUUAGUAAAAAUUCGAAUGCAGGGAUACGAAGACUUCAGAGAAGUACGUCCAAACAUGCCAUCGAUUAAGUUGGUGGUAAAACAAACACUGAAGACUGACGGAUUUGUAGGUCUAUACCGUGGACUGGAAUGUACACUAUUAAGAGAGUUUGUUAGUAAAAUGUUGUUCUUCGGAUUGUAUGAACGGUGCCAGAAAUUGUUUAAUCCAACCGGCGGCCAAAAAGAAAAAGCUGAUCUAUUAACUUUGGCGGCGUCCGGAUCGAUAGCCGGCCUAGGGAUGUGGCUCGUGGCAUACCCGAUAGACGUGGUGAAAUCGCGUGUCCAAAUGUCCGAAACACAUACCGGGUGGCCAUUGAUCCGUAGAGAAAUCCAAAAAGCGGGAUUUCGUGGACUUUAUUCGGGAUUAUGGCCCACACUAAUCAGAAUGAUACCGGUGACUGGCAUGUUUCUGUUUAGUGAAGAAUUUUCGAAACCGGUUUACCGAAAAAUCUUGUUAGAUACGCCGAAAAAUUCAAUCGAUUCGGGAAACAGGAUAUUUUCGAUAUGCGAUUUUGUAUCAGGAUGGACGGCGGGUUAGAACAUAAAUUCGAAGUAGAAAACAACAAAAUCGUAAUUGAUCGGAUUCAUGUUUUUAUUUAUAGGCAUUGUUGCUACGUUUAUUGGCUAUCCGAUGGAUACUAUUAGAGUCGUACAACAAGUGGCCAACAUUGGGCCAAUCCAAUCUAUGCAAUAUGUUUAUAACGAACAAAAGGUAAUAGAUGAAAUUAUAAAUGUAUAUGAUAAUUAUCUAAUCAAGUAUAGAAUAUAACUAAUAAGAACUGAUUAAUACGACAUUACUGGAAGUUAUUGAAAUAUUGUUAAAACAAAAUAUAAUAACUAAUAUUCUGCUUACUUUUUUUUUUUUUAAAUAGGUUGCAGGGUUUUACAGAGGAAUGAUGUUUCCGCUUUUGUGUAAGGGCCUUGUAAAUUCGAUUCUAUUUGGAAUUAGUGGUAACGUAAUGCGGUUAAUCCUAAAGUUCCGCGGUACUGAUGAUAUAGACGUUAAGUAUUGUUGUGACUCGAACAAUUUGAAUAAAUUGUAUUGGCACGUCGAUAUGUUUAUGGCCGGCUGUAUAGGUGGAUUUUUUUCAAGUGCGAUAAACAUACCGAUGGAAGUCGUCAAAACAAUAUUACAAGCAUCCAGUAGGCAACAUACCUAUGGCUUUAAUAUUUUGUUUCUUCUGAUAUAUAAUUAUUUUAGAUAUAUCGAUAAAGUCCACUGAGAAACAAAAAAACUCGGAAAAAAUUGAGUCCCCGAAAGUAAUGAGUACAUUUAAAUUGAUUGUUGAUCGAUACAAAACCGGCCGGAUUCAUUCACUCUACAGGGGAGGAAUGUCAUUGAUGAUAAGGUUUGUUUGUUAAAUAGUGACAGACGCUUCAAUUUCGGGGGCCUUUUUUAUAUUUUCUGCUCCUUAUUGUGUUCAUAAAUGAGAACACUGAUUUCUUUUUCAGCAAUCUACUAAAAAAUAACAUAUUUAUCAGAAGUGAAAUGUAUUUAAUACUGUUUAGGUAAACUAAAAGCCCAUAGAUACACUAAUAAAUAAAAUAAUCCAUACAAAUUGUUAAUAUUUACUUUUUAAUAUAGUGUGUGCCUAUUAAUUAGAUAAAAAUCUUAAGAAACAGUUUAUAUAAAAUUUAAUUUAUACAAUACCCAAUAAAUAAUUUAAACCAAUCUUGGUUUUGUCUUUGCUUUUCCAAAGUCAUUUAUAAUAUCAAAUCAUAUUUAAUGGAUUUGGUUCUGUCUUUUUUAAGGCUUUUUACAUAGAUAAUGUUGCAAGUCUAGUUUGUCUAAUUUGUGACGUGGCACUCCUAGGAUAACUUUUUAUUAAUUAAUUUCGAGAAUAAUCGUUCAGUAGAAACUGACUGAUAGGUACAGUUAGUAUUAUUCGAAGAAAAAAAGUUGUUUGGUUAUGAGUAAUUUAAUAUUUUUAGUACCUAUAUAGAAGAGAUUGAAGUGCAAUUGUAUUUUCCUUCACGAGAGAUUUAAAUAUUUGUAGUUUAUGUUAUAAUUAAUUUCCGUCAAUAUAUUUCUACUUGCUAUCCAUGAGAUACCCAAGAGUUUUCCCAGAAAAUAUAAAAAACCAUGGGAAAAACGAGAAAAUUGGAUCAACAUAUUAAACAAAUAUUAAUAAAGAAAAUAAAUAAUGCUUAUUUGAUCAUUUUACCAUAAUAUGACAUACAUUUUUGACAAAACAUCAUUAUCAACUAAUAACUGCAUAGAAUCGUUUUUUCUUUAGCAAUGGUUUAUCGUUGUUUUCAAUUAUACAUUAAAUUCCCUUCUAAUCCUGCCUUCCCAACUUCCCACCUACAAUAGUGGCUGCACCUGUACCUAUUAUCCUAGGACAGCUUUUUUUACAUUUAGAACCGACAGUAAUUUAUUAGUAUUUGAAGUUUGGUCUUUUAAUUUCAUGAUUUACGUAGGUACACGAAUAACACAACAUAAUACUAUGCAGUCAAUAAAUUAUAAUAUUAAUAAUAUUUUUUCUAAAUUAUAAUAUUUGUUCAAUGAUAAUAAUUUGCUUUCCAAGAGUGAACCCUACUUUUGCGGGGGUUCAAAGUUUGCGCGGAGUCCUGUACGGCUGCACCAAUUGCACUACCCUUGCGCUGGCACUGAUUUUAAAUCUACAGAAUACGAAUUUGAGUUAAUCUAUUUUUGAUUUUGCAGAGAUAUACCUCAUACGGGCAUUUAUUUUCUCUCGUAUGAGCAUUUCUGUUGCGUUAUGAAAAAAUAUUGGUAUCAUAGCGAAACUAAAAACGAACAAAUGCCAAAGUAUAUACAACUCGUAGCCGGAGGUCUCGCAGGUAUGUCUAUCAUAUUUUGCAACCCGUUCGAAAAAAUAUUAUUAUGUAAUAUUUUAAUCUGCCUGUAUUAUACUCCAUUUAAAUUCAUUUUUUUUUUUUUUUUUUUGAAACCGAUUAAAAUAUAUUAACCAAUGAAAUUUCUAUUUUAUUUAUGAAGAACUCUUGUAGUUGAUCCGUUAAACUUAUCGAUGUUUAUAGUACUACUUGUUAUUUAUCAUGUAGGUGUCACUAGUUGGAUUUUGGUGUCACCAUUAGACGCGAUUAAAACCAAAAUCAUCGUGGACAGUCAAUCAAAAAAGCCGUUAUACAAUGGCAUGUGGGACUGUGUGAAGAAGAUGUAUGCGCAAGGCGGUGUGAAAAUAUUUUUUAGAGGAAUCUUGGUACUAUGCAUAAGAUCAUUUUUACUCAGCAGCGUAGUGUUUCUAGUUUAUGGAAUACUUAUGAACAUGUGCAGUGAAAAAAAUGAUAAAGGAACGAGUGAACCCGGUAAAGACGACAAAAACAUAAAAAUCGCCACAAAAUUAUAAAAAAAAAAAAAAACUUAUGGCACCGCUCGUUUUUAUUAGAUGUUGGUCGUCUUGUUCAAUUACUCGUUAGCAUUCUUCUAUUUUUCACUGCGCUAGGUCUUGUUUUUGUUACUUCUACCCUUGAGUACUUUAAAAUUUUCUGAAGUUCAUUCUUAAAAUUGCUAUCUAGUGGUAGUUCUUCUAUUGGCCUGUAUUCUUUCUUAUAUCUUUCCCCCGCUUUUUUCGUUAUAGUAUGUUUAUCAGCUGAUGACUUUUAUAAUUAUCUGAUCAAUGUUUCUACUAAUACUCUACUUAUAACGAUAUCAUCGUUAAUUGUUGCAUAUUAAGGAAAUUCCUUGAAAUAUUAUGAAUACACACUGCUUUCAUCACCUUUAACAUAUUUUGCUUUCUAAAAACAAUUUGUUAUGUCCAAUUGACGGUUAUUAAAAACUAAACACUUACAAUCCAAAGAAAAAGAGCAUAUUGUAAUAAAACACACUUACCUGUGGUUCAUCAAAACCACAAACAGCCAUGAACUAACAAUACGUUUAUAAUAUGAAAAACCGUGUGCCCGUGUGUGGAUUGUUAUAAAUUAUCGUCCGAUAUCGAAUGAUCAAUGUAUACAAUAAAUAUCGUAUAUUGUAUAAAUAAAUUAUUGUAAUUAUUAUUAGUAAGCUAUUUUUUUAAAUUUAUAUUGAAAUCAUUAACAUAGGGAACAUCUUAUCCAAAAACCUAAAGCAAAAAUUAGAGCAAGUGUUCCACAAGGAGGCAUCCUAUUUCCCAUUUUAUAUAAUAUCUACGCUACCGAUCAGCCCAUCUCUCCAAACACAAUAGUUGCUGAGUUUACCGAUGACAAGGCUAUUAUUUUAGAUUCUGAGUGGAGCGAAGAAGCUUAUGGUAAAAUCAUAACACAGAUGUUUAUUUUUUUUUUAUUUUUUUAUUUUUUUAUCUGUGCGCAACUUUUCUACCUGAAGAAUUGCUUAGAUUUUUAAGCUUGGCAUCUUCUGAAAGGAAAUCGGUGUAAGAAGGUACUUUAAAGAGAUAAGUUUUCGAUUUUUUCUAGAGCUUUCUCAUCAAAUUUGAAAAACUGAAAAAAUAACUGAGAAAAAACGGGAGAAUAUAAGUACCUAAUGUAGGUAUUAGUUAAAACAUUUUACGGCCUUUUUUUUUUCUGUGCCCAACUUUUUUGCCAUCAAUUCGCUCCAAUUUAUAAUGAUUUUUCUGAAAGGAAAUUUGACUGGGAAGGGACUUUAGGAAAGUCAUUUUUCGAUUUUCUCAAGAUUUUUCCCAGUAAAUGUGAAGAACCGGGAUAAAACAUGGGAAAAUCGGGAAAAACGUAGGAAAACAGGGAAAAUCGAUACAACAUUAAAGAAAAUAUAUAAUGUCUGUUUAAUUAUUUUACUACAAUAUGACAUAUACAGGCAUGCACAAUACACAUAUAUGUAUAUUGUUGGCAUAGCAUCAACUAUAGUUAGUGUUUGAAUAGCAGAAAUGUAAGAAACAUAUUAGUAAAAUAUAUGUAAUAAAACCUUAAGAUUUUUUUUUUUCUGUGAACAACUUUUCUACUAAAAAUGUUGCUCCAAUUUACAAUAAUAGCACUUUUUCUGAAAGGAAUUCUGUUCAAAAAUGAUUUUAGGGAGGUCAUUUUUUUGUUUUUUUCAAAAGUUUCCAGUAAAUGUGAAAAACCAAGAAAAUCAGAUCAAUAUUAAACAAAUAUUAUUAAGGAUAAUGUACGAUGCCUAUUUAAUUAUUUAACUACAAUAUUAUCACUGUGAUAACAUCACUAUUCACUUAACUCCACUCAUAAUCGGUUUUUCGUAAGCAAUGGUUUAUCGUUACAUACAGGUAUACAUUAAAUUAUCUAUAAUAGUGACUACACCCGUCUCCAUUAUUUUACGAGCAGAACGUCUUUUUUAUUCCUAAAGAUUUACACACUGUUUCCUUCAAUCUACAAUACCAUCUUGACCACAUGGCUGUUUGGUAUACAAAAUGGCUAUUCAAAGUUUACUGAUCCAAAUCACUUCAUGCCACAUCACUCUACGUAUUCCUCCUUAUCCUGAGGUGUCUCUAGACAAUUCCUAAAUUCCCACCUCUCAAUCAAUUAAAUACUUAGUUUUAACGUUUGACCGCUAACUUAUAGACAAAUCACAUUAAAGAUAUAAGGCUUUAAACGCACGCCUUCGCAUCAUUAAAUUUUUAAUAUCCAACAAUAGAUACAUGAAAUUAAAUACUAAACUCUUAAUAUACAAAUCCCUGCUUAAACAAAUAUGGACUUAUGGUCUGCAGUUCCCAUCAAGCAACUCAACAAAUAUCUUUCAUUAUACAUUCGUAUUGUUCCUAAAGAAACAAACUGUGUAUCUCAAAUAAAUAAUAAAUGAUAAAAAAAAUAAUUAUUCAAUUUUAAUUUUUAAUAUAUAAUUAAUAACAUGUAUUAAUUUGUUUAGAAUAUUUAAAAUUUUUUUUUUAUGUAUUACGGUUUUAAGUUAAAAUUAUAAAAUUAUUAAUCCACAAAGUUAAAAAUAUAAAUACAAAGUUUAAAUCCUAAUUAAUUUUUAAACAAUAAAUACUUUUAAAUAUUUAAACUUCUAUGCUGGAUUAUAUUAUGUACUAUGUAUCAAUGUAUCAUACUAGCAUGUAUUACUAUAUAGUAUUAGAACUUUAAUAUUAUAAUCAUUAUAUUAUUUUAUAUUUCUUCUACAAACAUUUAUACAUGUAUCAACAUAUAAUAAUAAAUUGACUCUAAUGAUCUAGUUUGAUUGCAAACCAACCCUUUUUGGAAAAAUUGGUUUUAAAAAAUAAGGUUUUAUAAGUUGCCUUGUUUGUAUGAUUAUGUUUUUUGUUUUGUUUCAUUUUUUUUUUGGUUUUUUGAGAAAUAAUACGAGUAAAUAUAAUUUUCGAUAGUAUACAAAACGAUUUAUAUACCUACCCCGAGAACGACGAGAAAAGUCGUCGGUCCAUUAAACUAAUAGGGUUCGUGGUCAUCUGGCAUCCGAAAGGAUUGUCGGCAGCAGUGCAGAGAGAGAAAGGGACUAGGGUAUGAUAAGAGAAUUAUUAUAAGCGCUCCCACCCCCAACCAUCACCCCUAACUGUGCCGCUCAACGAACGAGUAGGUAUUUAAUUACAAGCAUUAAGUUGUCAGCGUCGCUAUCGUUGUCGUCGUUGGGUCGGGUGGUGGUCAUUUGUGGCGGGGAAGGGGAGGGAGCUUAGCGAUACACUGUCCAACACUCUCUCCCUCAAGGUAGGUUAAAAAUAUACAGGGUGAUAUUUUUAUCAUACAUGAAUCAACAGUGGCUAUCUUAUAUGCAAAGAUCUCUAUGGUAAAUUUGAAUUAAGUUUAAUUCAGACGUUAUAAAACUAGCUGUUUUUUAAUAAUCUUAUCUACAAUAUUUUUAACGUUUUACCAUCCUUAUUCCGAUUACAGUGCAGUGGUUGAAGAGAGGGGCCCGAAGGGUCUUGUCCCCCCAUAGACCUAAGUUAAGGUUUAUUAAUUCAAUAGUCGUAGGUAAUUUUGUAUAAAGUUAUUUCACUUAAUUUUUGACUAUGGGCCCCCUCAAAAUUAAACCCUGGAUCUACCGCUGUUAAAGAAUACCUACUAUAAAUACUUAAUAAAUAUACUAUUAAAUAUUUAUUUUCAAAUAGUGACUCAUAUUUUUUAAUAAAUAUUCAGAUUCGAAACCAGAAUAUUUUAAAAUAAUACUUAUAUACAAUACAAAUCGCCUGAAAUUGAAGUAUAUAAAGGAAAAACCAAAGAUACUAAGUAUAAAACUCCUGGUAUAAAUUUCUGCGUUAUAUAUUUUGAAAUGUUUAUAGAAAUAUCAAUUUUUCGAAUGCUAAUUCAGAAAAAGUGGAACAAUACUGUUUAUAUAACUAUUGUGAUUAAUAUUUUAUGGUACUUAUACGCAGAAUAACUACAAAAUGUUGAAAAUAUUACAAACCAGUAUUAUUAUUUGACUGAAUGUAUCUCGAAUAUACUAUUAUGUAUUCAAAAUCCUCGUAUAGAUAAUCACCGGUCCGCGAUGAUAAAAUAAUCACCCUGUAUACCUACCGACGGUGGUCGGUCCCGACACAUUGAAUACAUCCUUUUCGUCCGCGAAAAGAGCUUUCCACUCAUACACCGGGCGGUUAUUCGUUGAAAAGACACCCCGGGCUUUUGUCAGGACGAACUCGGUCGAGGCGCCGUCGCUAAUUAAUUUAUAAGCCGCCGUCACCGUGAGGUAUUUAAGUGCGUAUACGCCGGCAAGGUUUCCCUAAUGUAAAACACGAACGCGUUGGAACCGAAUAAUAAUAUACACGGACGAAAUGAUAUAUCUGUUUUUUGUACUGAUUAUGAAACAUUAUUAAAAUAAUAUCAGGCACGCGACCACGGACCGAUUGAUAUGUAAUAAAGAUGCAUCAAAACCGUGACGGGAUAUUAAAAUUCGUCUGAAGGGUGUGCUACAGUUUUAGGUUGCAAAUCGAAAAGUUAUGGUAUUAUAACGGAAUGAUUAAAUCAAUUUUGCGUAUAUACGUGAAAAACGAAGGUAAGCGAAUUACGAUUAAACACGUCCUGGUUUUUCUGAUUCUAAUACAAAUCUGAACUCUAUAUAUCGAGUUUUACUGAUGAAAUUAAUUUUAAUUAAUACUCCGUUUGGGUAUGAACGUUUGGGUAUUUUUAAUAUAGGUUGCCAUUUGAAAAUCAAAAGUAGGUAGUGUAAAAAUCCUCAAAAAUAAUGGCGAUAAAAAAUAACAUAAAUAUAAAAUUGUAGAGCAGAUUGUUUCUUAAAUGUUCUAGAAAACAAAUUCCGAAAAAACUUAAUACAUUCCGAGUUAAUGAGUGUAUCCACUUAAAUGAGUCACCCGGUACGCUUAUUAUAGAAAUCUAUUAAAUUACGCUUAACAUUUUUUUUUUUUUUGUACUAAGUAUGACCCGUAGGUGACCUACGGUUUAACCUCACGUUAAAUUUUCGGGCGUUUUGGAUGUGCCAAAACAUUUUAAUUCGCAUAGAAUUAAAUAAAAACUAAUAAAUUUCAAAUUACUUUAUUAUAAAUAGUUAAAGAAAUCGCUAACUAUUUGUUAACAUAAGUAUUUUCUCGAAAUUUCAGUAUGAUUAUUUAUAUUAGAUGAAACGGAAAAAAAUGGAAUCUUUUAUGGCGUGCAUUUUCCCGUUUUUUGAUAUUAACAAACCCCCCCCCAAAAGAAAAUUAAAUUAAAAAAAACGACCCUUUAUUCUGGUAAACGCGGAAAUAUAAACUGUGGUAGGCAAAGUUAAAAACUGUACCUGUUAAUAAUGUGAAAAACAAAAUUUUAUCUAAAUUACAGAACUCCCCGUAAUAUCCUCCCUCCCCAGCCAUGGCCUCGCCUUGUCACCUCCUGUUGGUGCUAUUGCUUUUGUACCUUCUAGACAAAAUUUAUUACCAGAAUUCAUCCAACAGUUGAUAAUCGGAACGAUAUUUCUAUUAGAAAAGCAAUUCAUGGACAGAGAAAAACACAUCAUAGUGAAACCACAGAAAUUCUCGCUUCGCUAA